CAAAGACCAGAUCCUUCUGUCUCUUAUAUUUUAUUCCCGUCCACCAUGCAAAUUGGUCUAGAACAUAAUCACGGAUGUUUAGUCUGGCAUAGUGCUUAUAACGUUGGAACCUUUGAAGUCUCAGAGUCAGCCCUAGGACGGAACCCCUAGCCGGGUAAAAAGCCAUAUGUUGUUCAACAGUAGGAGAACUAUUAAAUACUCCUGAAGAAUAUCCCCUCCAGUUCCUAUCGUCGUUCAUUUUAUUCAUUCCUUCUCUGCGAACAAAAGGGGUCAACUCCAUAUAGAUACUUUCUCGUUACCAGCAGGGCAACUCAACAAACCAUCAUCAUUCAUCAUGGGGAGCCUACAGCCCGAAGAUGUUUUCGCUCCCGUUCUUCACACUGAGCGCCUUGCUCUUACACUCUUUAACAUGAAUGAUGAGGACGACCUUGAAUUCGUGGUCAUGAUGUUCAACAUGCAGAUGCCUGGAGGAGGUCCUACAGACGGUAACUGGACCGGCAAAGACAUACGCCGUCUCAGCUACUCCCUAAUGUUGAAACCAUCCGACGCCCAUGGUCGCCUCUCGAAAGAUGCUGCCAUCUAUCUCGCGCGCCUGGGAGAUGCCACAGGACCGCGCAUCGGUGUCAUUAAUCUCUGUCGCCGCACUCCAAUCGUUCCUAUUGACAUAGGGUACAUGGUUUUACCAGAACACCGAAAAAGCGGUUAUGCCACUGAGGGUGCAACAAGGGUCCUUCGAUAUAUUACGGAAGAGUUUGGCAUCAAGGAAAUAUGCCUUGUAACGGAUGAUUCGAAUAUCGCGUCGAAAAAGAUUGCUGAAAAGUUAAACAUGGUGGAUGGCGGGCAUGUCAUGAUGAGCGGCAACAAGUGCGUCGUUUUUGUAUUGCCGGGUAUGAAGAAGCUGGAGGGACAAGACUUUCCGUUUUGGGGAGAUGGUGAGGAGUUCUGAGUGUGAGGACCUAGAUUAGGUGUCAGAGUGUUAAUUGAUGGAAUGGCGCGUAUGUUGGAAAUGGAUCCAAGGAAUCAGUAUAUGGCAUUAUACCAAACUUUAAUUUGAGCAUAUUGAUGGCUUCUUGCGUUGUCUAUCUACAUACAUGUACUUGGUCCUACUCU